AUGACAUCCCUUGUCCAUUAUCCGGAAGAAGAUGCGACAGCAACUUCUUCCUCCGUGGUUGAAACUGUCGUGCAAAUUGAUUCAGAACCACCGAAAUAUGAUCUUGAUCAGAUUCAAGGAUUAGACCCCGUUCAAUCUUUGGACGAACUUCGUCCACUAUCCCGAGAACUCGCCGAGAAAAGGCUACUAACCUUUGGUCCAAACGUCAUCACUGCCUAUCAACCCUUAAAAUGGUAUAAACUCCUAUUCAACUCCAUCCUUCAUCCCUUCAACUUGAUACUGGGUAGCUUUGCACUUUUCAGCGGGGUGACGAUGGACUUCAAUACCAUGACAUUUCUCAUUGCCAUGAUACUCUUGUCUGUUGGGCUUCGUUUCACCCAAGAGUAUAAAAACGAACGUGCUGCGCAAGGCCUCAAGUCGAUGGUUAGUAACAAGGCAACGGUGAUUCGUCUUUAUGGGCCACCGGAUGAUCGGGAUCCAAAUUUCGAGGAUCUGAAGAAGAUGGAUCAGGGAGAGGUGGUUGAACUGGAAAUUCCUUUAGAGGACAUCGUACCCGGAGACUGGGUUAAACUAUCUGCCGGAGAUCUCAUUCCUGGUGAUUUGCAAAUCCUGUCUUCAAAAGACUUAUUCGUCUCACAAGCUUCUUUGACCGGUGAGGCCAUUCCGGUUGAGAAGUUUGUUACUCAACAGCGACCACCAAUUUCUAUUUCUGAUGGGAAACCCGAUGAAAUGCAAAAGGUCAAAGGGAUUGAACUUGAUCAACCGGACUUUUGUUUUAUGGGUACGUCCGUCGUUUCGGGUACUGCAAUUGGCUGCGUAUUGAAAACGGGAAGUUCCACUUUCUUCGGUGUCAUGGCCAAGAAUCUUGCCGGUCGUCGACCACCCAACGCCUUCCAACAAGGGAUAAAGAAAGUCUCUUACUUCUUCGUAAUCGUAAUGCUCAGUAUGAUGCCUCCCGUGCUUUUAUUACAAGGAUUUCUGAAUCAUGACUGGUGGAAUGCCUUUUUGUUCGCGGCUUCCGUCGGUAUCGGUCUUACCCCAGAAAUGCUGAAGAAAUGUAUCGUCAAGAAUCUCGACUCCGUUAUUACCCUUGGAGGAGCGGAUAUUUUGUGUACCGAUAAGACUGGCACGUUAACUCUCAACAAGGUCACACUCAUGAAACACGUUAAUCAUCUCGGAGCACCGUGUCCAUUUCCUUUACGUUUAAGUUAUCUUAACAGUUACUUCCAAACUGGACUUAAGAAUCUCAUGGACGUUGCCAUUAUUGAUUUUUUCGAGAAGGGAGGCGAAGGCAACGAAUGCCGAGUUGUUGAUGAGGUUACCAAAGGAUUUCUUAAGGUUGACGAGAUCCCCUUUGAUUUCGUGAGAAGACGAAUGUCCGUCAUCUUAGAAACCGAUUGGGAUCCCAAUCAUAGAUUCUUAAUCUCCAAAGGAGCUGUUGAUGAGAUGUUAGCGUGUUGCGAAAAUAUUUACUUGGGGAGCGACGAUUUGAAACCGGAUGUUGACUGCAUUGAGGGCUUUUUCCCCGCCUCCGAUAUUUUCCAACUUACCCCAGAAAUCAUCGAGCAUAUCAAAAGUCUGAACGAGGAUCUUAACGAAGAUGGUCUUCGGGUAAUUGCUGUUGCUUACAAGCGGAUGAAGGAACUUGUCGAGCCAUUUACCGUUGCCCACGAAACUGGAUUGACUUUGGUCGGAUUUUGCGCGUUCCUUGAUCCUCCAAAACCAAGUGCCAAGCCCGCACUCCGAGAGCUCUUCAAAUACAACGUUUCUGUCAAGGUUCUUACCGGAGAUUCUCCGACUGUUUGCCGAAAGGUUUGUCAAGAGAUAGAUCUUCCCGUGAAAGCCAUAGUCACAACCACCGACCUUGAAGGUAUGAGUGAUGCGCAGAUCGAAGAGAUUGCGGAAAAUGCCACGAUAUUUGCAAAGUUGACGCCGCUUCAGAAAGCUCAGAUCGUAAGAGCUCUAAAACGACGUGGUCAUAUUGUUGGUUUUCUUGGAGAUGGCAUCAACGAUGCACCUGCUAUUCGAGAGAGCGACUGCGGCAUCAGUGUGGACGAAGGGACCGACAUCGCCAAGGAAUCUGCCGACAUUAUUUUGUUGGAAAAAAGUCUUACAGUGCUGGCGGAUGGUGUCGUUGGAGGGCGAAACACUUUUGGUAACACCAUUAAAUACAUAAAGAUGGCCAUUUCUUCCAAUUUUGGUAACGUCUUUAGUAUAUUGGUCGCCUCGGCGUGGCUCCCCUUCCUUCCGAUGUUGCCUCUCCAAGUCAUUGUGCAAAACUUUUUGUAUGAUAUUUCACAAAUCGCUAUCCCUUGGGAUAGAAUGGGCCUGUGCACUCAGACCUUAAUUGUUCACAUGAUCCGUACGCCAAAGAUUCCGUUUAUUCAAUCAACUGCCGCCCCAGUCGUUCUCUUUGGUACUCUUUUCGUUAUCGUCUCUGGUAUUCUUAUUCCGUACACUCCGAUAGGUAGCUUCUUGGGUAUGGUUGCCCUUCCCGGAGUUUAUUAUCCAUAUCUCAUAUCUGCGAUUACUGGAUAUUGGAUGCUCACCAACGUAGCAAAGAAGAUUUAUCUUCACUUUUUCCAUGAAUGGCUGUAG